AUGGGUAGCAACAAGACUAUAGUUUGGUUUAGAAGGGACCUCAGGAUUGAGGAUAAUCCUGCCUUAGCUGCUGCUGCUAGGGAUGGUAGCGUCUUCCCUGUUUAUAUAUGGUGUCCUCAAGAUGAAGGACAAUUUUACCCGGGUCGAGUUUCGAGGUGGUGGCUAAAGCAGUCUCUUGCUCACUUGGACCAUUCCCUGAGAUCCCUUGGGGCUGAACUUGUGCUAAUCAGAACCCAGAGCACUCUUGCUGCUCUCUUGGAGUGCAUUGAAGCCAUUGGAGCUACAAAAGUAGUAUUCAACCAUCUUUAUGAUCCUAUUUCACUUGUUUGUGAUCACAACAUCAAAGGAAAGCUGGUGGAGCUAGGCAUUUCUGUGCAAAGCUACAAUGCAGAUCUGUUGAAUGAGCCAUGGGAAGUAUAUGAUGCAAGAGGGCAAGCUUUUACAACCUUUGAGGCGUACUGGGACAAGUCCUUAAACAUGCAAUGGGAACAUGUCACACUCCUUCCUCCAUGGAAAUUGGUGCCAGCAACAGGAAAUGUAGCAAAAUGUUCAAUUGAGGAAUUGGGUCUUGAAAAUGAAACAGAAAAAUCUAGCAAUGCCCUCUUAGCAAGAGCAUGGUCUCCUGGUUGGAGCAAUGCCGAUAAGGCUCUAAGUGAAUUUUCUGAGUUGCACCUGCUUCAAUAUUCAAAGAACAGGACAAAGGUUGGGCAAAACUCUACAUCACUUUUGUCCCCAUAUCUUCAUUUUGGAGAACUGAGCGUGAGGAAAGUUUUCCAGUUAGCUCGAAUGAAGCAGAUACUGUGGGCAAAAGAAGGGAACUCUAUAGGGGUUGAGAGUGUGACUCUUUUCCUGAGGGCCAUUGGGCUUAGAGAAUACUCACGGUAUCUUUGUUUUAACUUUCCGUUCACUCAUGAGAGACCACUGCUCAGCAACUUGAAUUUUUUUCCUUGGCAAGCUGACCAGAACAAUUUUAAGGCUUGGAGACAAGGUCGGACCGGGUACCCUUUAGUUGAUGCAGGAAUGAGAGAGCUAUGGGCAACCGGGUGGAUACACAACAGAAUAAGAGUGAUCGUAUCAAGUUUUGCUGUGAAAGUAUUGCUUCUUCCGUGGAAAUGGGGGAAUGAAUAUAUCUCAGGGAGCUUACCAGAUGGCCAUGAGCUUGAGCGUUUGGACAGUCCAGAGGUUCAAGGCUCAAAAUUUGACCCGGAGGGUGAAUAUGUAAGGCAUUGGCUGCCUGAGUUAGCGCGUUUGCCAACUGAGUGGAUCCAUCAUCCUUGGGAUGCGCCUGAUAAUGUGCUUAAAGUUUCGGGGGUAGAGUUAGGAUUUAACUAUCCAAAACCUUUCAUUGAGAUAGAUUUGGCUAGAGAACAUUUGACCAAGGCUAUAUUCAAGAUGUGGGAAAUGGAAGCAGCAGCAAAGGCUGCAAACUCAAAUGGCACAGAUGAAGUUGUUGUUGACAAUUCCGAUGGAAUUGAAAGUUUGCCUAUCCCAAAAGUGAUCUUAAAGAAUAAUGCUCCUUGUCCUACUUACUCAUCGAAUGAUCAGAAGGUGCCUACAUGUCAAAAUUCCAAGAGUAACCAAUUUAAUAGGAAGAGAUCCAAACAUAUGCAAGAAGAAAGGCCACUCCAAGAUAAUUUGCACAGUCCUAAUGAAGCUGGGACCUCGAGAACAAAUGAAGAUUGCAGCUCUACAGCUGAAUCUUCAAUGUCUAAGAAGCAGACAACAAGCAGAAAUUCAUUUUCUGUUCCACAGUCAUGUUCCUCAUCAAAAGACAACUCUUUUUUGGAGUGUGAAUCUUCUGACAUGAAGCAGUCAUGGCAAGAACAGAUUGACAUGGAACAGAGUUCUAGCAAAGAUGGUAAGCAAAGAAUUAACUAA